GUUAAACAAAAACAGAAGAAACAAUGCGAUCCAUUCACCGCCAAUUUCAAGCUCUUACCCGCCAUUCCAUCUCAACUUGUUCUGAAACCAUUCAUCCAAAAAAAACUUUCUUCAAACCCCAAAACACUCUCAUUCUAUGCAAAGACGAACAAUCGAUCAUCUCUUUAUGCAAACGACACCGUUUAACCGAAGCUAUUCAAUUGCUUGAUCACAUUCCACACCCUUCUCCAUUACUCUAUUCCAACCUUCUUAAUCUCUGUCUGCAACACAAAUCCAUUGAAAACACAAAAAAGAUCCAUACCCAUAUCAAAAGUUCCGGUUUUUCACCUGGGGUUUCGGGUUUUAACAGAAUUAUUGAUUGUUAUUGUAAAUGUGGGAGUUUAGUGGAUGCACGUAAGGUGUUUGAUGAAAUGCGUGACAGAGAUUUGUGUUCUUGGAAUAUUUUGGUAUCUGGGUAUGCUAAAAGCGGACGGAUUGAUGAUGCGAGGAAACUGUUUGAUGAAAUGCCUCAACGAGAUAAUUUUUCUUGGACUGCGAUUAUUUCGGGGUAUGUUAGAAACGAUAUGCCGAAUGAGGCGUUGGAUAUGUGUAGGCUAAUGAUGAAGGAUUGUAAUGUAAAGUGUAAUAAGUUUACGAUUUGUAGUUUGCUUGCUGCUUCGGCUGCAAGUCAGCGUUUGAUUCUUGGGAAGGAAAUUCAUGGGCAUAUUGUGCGGACGGGUAUUGAUUCUGAUGCUGUUGUUUGGAGUGCUUUGUCGGAUAUGUAUGGGAAAUGUGGGAGUUUAGAUGAAGCUAGACAUAUAUUUGAUAAGACUUCGGAUAGGGAUGUUGUUACGUGGACUGCAAUGAUUGAUCGGUAUUUUAAACAUGGGAGGAAGGAGGAAGGGUUUGUUUUGUUCUCGGAGUUGUUGAAAUCUGGGAAUAGACCUAAUGAGUUUACGUUUGCUGGGGUUUUAAACGCAUGUGCACAUUAUAAUAUGGAAAGUAUAGGUAAAGAAGUACAUGGAUAUAUGGCACGAAUUGGGUUUGACCAAUCUUCUUUUGCAGCAAGUGCGCUUGUUCAUAUGUAUUGCAAGUGUGGGAAUAUGGAGGUUGCAGAUAAGGUGUUUAAGUGGAUACCGAAACCAGAUUUAGUUUCUUGGACUUCGUUGAUAAAUGGGUAUGCUCAAAAUGGCCAACCUGAAGAAGCUUUGAAGUUAUUUGAGUUAUUGCUCGAGUCUGGAACUAAGCCUGAUCAUAUAACAUUUGUUGGGGUUCUUUCAGCUUGUACACAUUCCGGUUUGGUUGAUAAAGGGCUUGAAUAUUUUAAUUCCAUAAAAGAAAAACAUGGGUUGGUUUAUACUGUUGAUCAUUAUGCUUGUGUCGUUGAUAUGUUGAGUCGAUCCGGCAGAUUUAGUGAAGCUGAAGAGAUGAUCAAGGAAAUGCCCAUGAAACCAGACAAGUUUCUGUGGGCUUCUUUACUUGCUGGCUGUAGAACUCAUGGAAAUCUUGAUUUGGCAGAACGUGCAGCCAAUGCAUUGUUCAAAAUAGAACCUGAAAAUGCUGCAACCUAUGUUACCCUCUCCAACAUCUAUGCAGCUUCCGGUAAAUGGCAUGAAAUGACUGAAGUUCGAAAAUUGAUGGAUGUUAAUGGAGUGGUGAAGAAACCAGGACUCAGUUGGACUGAAAUUAACAGAAAAGUGUAUACAUUUAUGAUGGGAGAUACCUCACAUCCUAGAUUAAAAGAAAUCCAUGAGUUAUUAGAGGAAUUUCAAAAGAAAAUGAGGGAAGAAGGUUAUGUUCCUAAGACAGAUAACGUUCUCCACGAUGUAGAAGAGGAGCAAAAGGAACAAAACCUGUCAUAUCAUAGCGAGAAACUUGCUAUCGCAUUUGCAGUUCUUGCUACUCCAGAAGGGACACCGAUAAAAGUGUUCAAGAAUUUGAGAACUUGUGUUGAUUGCCACACAGCCAUGAAAUAUAUUUCAAAACUUGCUAGUAGGAAAAUUAUUGUUAGAGAUUCAAGUAGAUUUCAUUGUUUUGAAAAUGGGAGUUGUUCGUGCAAAGACUAUUGGUGAUCUCAUUUUACACAUCUUCUUGUUCAUUGAUCAACAGAAAAGAAGCUGCUUCAUGAGUUUACUUAAUUUAGAUCUAGUGGAACCGUAAAUUUAGAACUUCCAUAUAGAAAGGCAUAUCCAUCGUUAGUUUAGCUGUGGGAAAUACCGCUCUUUAUAGAAUUUUGUAGCCGCACGCUGUUUUUCAGCCUCUAUAAUUGUCAAUAGUUUUUUCCAUAUACGGUAGCAGUCCCAACAUGUAAGUUUCAGACGUAUGCUAUAAA